CGCAAGGACAGAUUAACCCUUCAUAUCGGAGAGCAAGCCUACAUCACAUCAGACAGCAUGCAGAAGGAUGGUAAGGUGGUGGAUGGCAGUCUGUUGGGCGAUGCCAACGGGGUAGAGCCUGGUCCAGGAAGAGUGAAGGAGUCUGGGAAAUGGCAGAAGCCCCAGUUCACACACAAAGCCCUGAUGAACUGUUGUCUGAUCAAAUGGAUCAUAACCAGCAGGACAACACCAGACAAAGGUGAGGAGGGAGAGGACAGUAGUGACAGUGAUUUGGAGCUGUCUAUAGUUCGUCACCAGCCAGAAGGCUUGGACCAGCUACAGGUUCAGACCAAGUUCACCAAGAAGGAGCUCCAGUCACUAUACAGAGGCUUCAAGAAUGAGUGUCCGAGUGGUUUGGUUGAUGAAGAGACGUUCAAGACCAUCUAUUCUCAGUUCUUUCCCCAAGGAGACGCCACCACCUAUGCACAUUUCCUGUUCAAUGCGUUUGAUAUGGACAGAAAUGGCUCCAUUCGUUUUGAGGACUUUGUGAUUGGCCUGUCUGUUCUUCUGAGAGGGUCAGUCACAGAGAAACUCAACUGGGCCUUCAACCUGUAUGACAUCAACAAGGAUGGAUACAUCACUAAAGAGGAGAUGCUGGCUAUUAUGAAGUCCAUCUAUGAUAUGAUGGGCAGGUACACAUACCCAAGUGUACGGGAUGAGGCACCCUCUGAACAUGUGGAUAAGUUCUUCCAGAAAAUGGACAGAAACAGAGAUGGAGUGGUGACCAUUGAGGAGUUCAUUGAGACCUGUCAGAAGGAUGAGAACAUCAUGAACUCCAUGCAGCUCUUUGAGAACGUGCUCUAGAGCCCAGCAGAACAUUCUACGUCAUUCUCCCAUCAUCCGAUCCCGUCCUCCUGUCUAUACACAACCCCUGUUCAAUCCCACAAUACACACACACACACACACACACACACACACACACACACACACACACACACACACACACACACACACACACACACACACACACACACACACACACACACACACACACACACACACACACACACACACACACACUCAAUUUAGUGCAUCCUAAUCUAGGAUGGCUAAUCCACAGAUAUGUACUAGCAGAGUUAAUUUACUGCUGCACUAGCUUCAACCUGCCACUGCUUGUGGACUAAAGAGUGCACUAGAGAAAGAAAAGAGGAGAGAAGAGAGCUACUGGGACUUCUUCUACUUUACAACUUGUCAGCUUCCCAAAGAAAGGAGAAAGAAGGACCAAACUGCUCAACACUGAUGAUCCAAGGAGCUUCUAGAACUCUGCCUUCUCAUUGGACCAAAAAGACAAAUGACUAAUCAAAAGAUGGAGAGAGAAUAUGAGAGUGGCAAUUGUGGAAACUCAUCAUGAUGUUGCUGACCUCCAGACCAGGAUCCUGUAGCUAUAACACAUAAGUACACUUACACAGCACUUACACAUACUAUAUGGGGAUGCACGGACACACUUCUUUGAAGAGUGUUUAAGAGAGUUGAUGUAGCGUACAGCAAGUUGGAUUGAUCCUGGGCAAGGACACCAGCACCGAACACCACAGAGACACUAAAAAGAAAAGAACUGAAGCAUGCGCUUGCACUAAGAAUCAUUCAUAUUCUACCAUAUGCACCAGAAGAGAAUGCAUUGUAAAUGUAGAUAGUCACAGUAGACCACUAAAAGAGAACUCCGUGUGUAUGUAGAUAUGUAUAGACAGUAAUAUAUAAUAAUAACAUAAAUAAAGGUAGACGUUGUGCUUUCAUCUGUACUGCUCUAUUGGUAGUAAGUAGUAGGUGGGGUUAAGGUUAAGGCCAAACAAAAUCUGUGGCCAGGUUUUCUUAACCCUUACAGAAUACUAAUUGAUGGAAUUGUAGCCUUACAUGUUUAGUAUGUCUUUUUGGAUCAUUUGAUCGUACAGGUAUUUUGUUUCAUUUCAAGUCAGUUCUGGAGUUUUGAGUUACCCCUACGGGUGGUGGGCUCUAACUCUACUGGUUGCGUCUGGCCAUAGUUCUAGGUGACACAGGGAGGGUCACUGGUUCUGUUCUGUCACCAACGGACCAGCGAGUCACCAACGGAUAAGCAUGAGAUGUACAGUAUGUCAGUGCCUCCUUAUAAUGUGUGUAACAACAAGGCAGAUAUACUAAGAUGUGUAUGUGUUAUAAACUAAAGCCAUCCUCAGAUGAAUACAGAGUAUACAGCUAUGGCUUGAUCCCUCUUCUCAAUCGUUCAUCAGAGGUUUUGUUUUGUUAAUGUCCCAAAAUGGCCCCCUUAUUUCCUUUCAGGAAUAGGGUCCAUUUAGGACAUCUAUGAUGUGAUCAUCCGAGGUCUGAGCACUGACCACUAGUGAUGACAUCACUGUAAUUUCCUAUC